AUGCCUCCGCCGCCUAGUCACCCGGGGGCCGUUGGGCCGUCGAACUUCGACAAACUCAAGAUGGGUGCUAUGAUGGGCGGCACGGUCGGCAUGAUCAUCGGCUUCAUUUUUGGAACCGUCAACAUCUUCAGAUAUGGCGCUGGUCCGAACGGCAUAAUGAGGACGCUAGGCCAAUACAUGCUAGGAUCCGGGGCCACAUUCGGCUUCUUCAUGUCCAUCGGCAGCGUCAUUCGAUCUGAUUCGUCACCCAUUGUCCAGGAGGCCUACCUGCGAGCCCAGAGGCGGCCGAUUAUCAUGGCCUCGCAAGCCUUCCGCGCCCCUUACCAAACCGCUCGACGACCUGGCGGCAACUGA